GAGCGUAGGUUCUUCCCAUUUGGCGGUUGGCAGCGGAAGGAAAGGAGAGAAAAGAGGGGGGGAAGGCCAGGCCAACCGGAGCGAAGGAAAGCCAGGGAGUAAUAAAUCGAGAGAGAAACGGCCAAAAAAGAAACCAACAACAAGAAAGAAAUCAAGCAAGCAAGAAGAGACGAGACGAGGGAGAGAAGGAGAAGAGGGGGCCGGCCGCGGGCGUCGUCGUGUUCCUCCCCCCCUCUCUCUCCUCUCCUCUCCUCUCGAUCUCCAUCCUUCCUUCCAUCCAUUCCUCCCCGCACCCUUCGCAUUGCUCUCGUCGUCUCGAUUCGGUCGAGGAUCUCCAGGAAAAGAGGAGGAAGCGAUAUGGGUUGCUUUUCAUGCUGCGGAGCGGAUGAUGUCGGCAAGAAGAAGAAGCGCGACGAUCCUUACGUCCCGAUCCCUGAUCCAGGUGGUAACUAUGGACGUAGCAAGCCCGGGCCCCCAGCCCCUUCGCGUUCUCCCCCCACCAGCAGAAAUCUGCCAAUUGCAGUACCGGCAAUUCCCCUUGAUGAAAUAAAGGGAAUAACCAAGAACUUCAGCAGUGAUGCUCUCAUCGGAGAAGGCUCGUACGCCAGAGUUUUCUUUGGUGUGCUGAGAGAUGGCAGGAGAUCUGCGGUGAAGAAGCUCGACUCCAGCAAACAGCCUGAUCAAGAAUUCCUUGUGCAGGUUUCAGCCGUUUCACGACUGAAGCAUGAGAAUAUUAUCCAACUUAUCGGAUAUUGCGCUGGAGGGAGCAUCCGUGUUCUUGCUUAUGAGUAUGCACCGAGGGGCUCCUUGCAUGACAUUCUCCAUGGUAAAAAGGGUGUGAAGGGAGCUCAGCCAGGACCAGCUCUAUCAUGGAUGCAGCGAGUGAAGAUUGCCUUGAGUGCUGCAAAGGGGCUUGAGUUCCUGCACGAGAAGGCGGAGCCUCGUGUCGUCCACCGUGACAUCAAAUCCAGCAACAUUAUGCUCUUUGACAACGAUGUUGCGAAAGUAGGAGACUUCGAUGUAUCCAAUCAGUCCCCGGACAUGGCGGCUCGCCUCCACUCCACUCGUGUUCUUGGCACCUUCGGUUAUCAUGCUCCUGAGUACGCGAUGACAGGGCAGCUUAGCACGAAGAGCGAUGUCUAUAGCUUCGGAGUCGUGUUGCUGGAGCUUUUAACUGGUCGCAAACCGGUCGAUCAUACGCUGCCCCGUGGCCAGCAGAGUCUUGUGACAUGGGCUACUCCAAGGCUAAGUGAAGACAAGGUGAAGCAAUGCGUGGAUCCAAGGCUUGAAGGGGAUUAUCCUCCCAAGGCUGUUGCCAAGAUGGCUGCCGUAGCUGCGCUGUGCGUGCAGUACGAGGCGGACUUCAGGCCCAACAUGAGCAUCGUCGUCAAGGCUCUGAACCCACUCCUCAACAGCCGCCCGAACAAUCGCCCCGCCUCCUUCACCGACGCCGGCGAGCGAUCCGGAUUAUGAGCACGCCAUGACCAUUUUUCUCAUCGGACUCCGGUGACACCACGACGACGGGAGGGAAGGCUCGGUUUCCAUGGAUUCCAAAUGUGUAAAAAUUCAGUGGAAAUGAAGAGGGUAGCUCUGCUGCUGCCUGUCUUGUUCUUGCCUCGAUCUCCAGACUCCUGUUGCUGUAAAUUGUCGCAAUCCCUCCUGAUUAUGUGUUCCUCUCGACCUCUUGUAGUAGUUUGAGAAAUGGAUGAAUAUAUAUACUUCUUGCUUGUCCACUUUUA